GGAAGGAAGGAAGGAAGGAAGGGGUCCCUCACCCUAGGAAAUAAAAACUUCUCUCCAGAGAAGCAACGUUUCAGUGCAGUCCCUUUAUCAAGGAAGCAUCUGGAGUACACAGACAGGGGAAAGGCCCUCCAAGUGGGACAACUCGGUGAACAAGAAUAUCUUUGAGAGUGUCCCAACUCAUUCCCCCCUUUGCCUUUUCCAUAAACUUGAGAAUUUUGCAAAAAGCAAAUUAAGGGCUUGGCCAAUACUUUGUUUUUUAAAGAAACAGUGACCUAGUGAGAAAUCUCAGCGAGGUCAGGGCCUGGAGACAGACUGGUUGGGGCCCCCGCUGGGAUUCCCAAACACGAGCCGCCUCCCUUCCGCAGGGAACCGGGGUCGGCCGCGGGCCUCGCUGGAGCUGCGGGGAGCGCUCCGAGUCGACGGCGCUCGCCCGGUUUCGCUCAGAAUAAGCAGCUCCUCUUUUGAACCACAUUUCCCUCGGUUGCUGUUGUUUUCCUUGUGAACUGUGGGGUGUUUUUUUUUAUUUUCUGUUCAAAUUACACAAAUGCUGGGCCGAGGGGGUUGCCUCGGCAGCCCCCGCGAUCCCCAGACGCAGCGGGACCGGGGCUUGCUACGCCCGGAGCCGGUCCAAGGCGCGCUUCCCGGCCAAAGCCGAAGAGCCGUGGCGCUGGCGGCCCAGACGCCGGCUGCCCCAGGCCUGCUCCCCCGGGCCGUCAGGGAUCGGGAGCCCGGCCCUGCCUUCUUUCUCUUCCAGGGGGCAGCCGGCAGAGAGCGGACCGCAUCCUCCUCCCUGCCCGCGGCUGCCCUGCCCGCCCUAGGCCCGCGAGGAGCUGAGCUGCCUCACCUCCCUGCCCCCGAGAUCCCUGCGCUCAACUGGCCGGAGCAAAGACAAAACCAGAUCUUCUCCCUCAGACUGGUCCCCUCUGGGUGCUCUUGGGACAAAUGCAAUGGGGAGACGCACGCUCGGAUAAUCCAGGCGUGGGUGUGCUGGGGAGCAAGGCAGGUGCAGCGUCUUUCUCCUUCAGGAGCUCAAGCCAGAGGAGAGGCAGACAUGACACCUGUAAGCAGGCAGCAUCCUGAAGGGGAAGCCUCACUCCAGACUCACCCCACCUCGCCCCUCCCCCCAGGUCUAGCUUCCGGAUACCUCCUACACUGUAAGACCCCAGAGCAAAUCUGGAGGCCAGAGAGCAAGGCGGGUAAAGCAGGGCUCCCUGGGGUAAUUAGAGCCCAGUUGCCCACAGGUGCGACACAGGUGGUCUCAGCCACGGGACCACUCAGCUGCGACCAAUCGUCUCCCUGCUGCCUUCUUGAAAUAGUCCAGAUUUAACUUA